AUGACCGUGAAGGAGGCUCGCAUGGAGAAGCGGGUCAAGUGGAUGUCGUCGGCAAACGCCCUGCCGUCGCGCUCACAGCGACGCCGGCGGGCCUUAGCCAAGGGUGACUACGACGAUUAUGACGGCAUGGAUGACGAUGAUGCCAAUUUCGAAGACUCAGGUUCAAUUCGUGCUCUUUCUGUUUCUACACCGGAUCUUCACAGAGAUGAUGAUGACUUCAUCCAGAUUGAAAAUAUGGCGCGGUCACCAAUGCGGUCGACCACCAAGGAGAUACGCCGGCCUGAAAAACUACACAAAAUCAUUAAAUCCACCAGUCCAUCUCGGGGAAAGGAAAGCAAAUCCGGCAGAAGCAGUGGUAGCAAAACUGAGGGUGGGUACUCGAAUCAGAAGGGUGAUCCAGUCAGAUACAUACGGGUAGGCAGAGAUAUUAAGCAUACUGAAAAGAAAGUACCAUCAUCUCCAUUGACAAGCAGGCACGCUAAGCGGUCACCCUCAGGGUCAAGAUCACCAACCACGAAAGCGAGAGGGCUUUCUAAAGACAGACAUCGACAGAGUCGGUCGAAGUCCCCAAAGAGGGCCGAUUCCCGGACCCGGACGCCACAGGUCGUACGGUCCUUGUCUGCUAGCAAUGAAAUGCUGAAAACGAAGAAGCUCAAAGACAGGCGAACAAAGUCGAUGGAGAAAACCUCCCGCAGAGCUCGAGACCAAGAACCGGCGCGAACUGGCAAGCCAAGUCCUCUCUCGCCCCGAGCUGCAGCAAAGAGGAGCGAAAGCCGACGGGCUCACAGGGACAGGGAAUACCAAGAUUCCGACGACUCUGAUAUCAACGAACCCCACACAUUGUUUAUGGAAUUAAGCAAAACAGUUUCGCCGUACUCUUCGAGUUCUGCCCACCAGGAGCCACAGAAUGAACUUGCUCUAAAUAAAUACAAUUUGCUGAAAAGGUCAAGCUCUAAUUUAUUACAGUUGGUUAAAGAUUCUGAGAUGGAGGCUUUGCCAAUGGCUGAUGCUGGCAAAAUGCAGUCACUAAGUGUUGCCAAGGAUUCACAUCAGAGAAGCGUUUCUCCGAGAGGUCGGCCCUCUCAUUCUGGGAAAGAAGAGGCCCGGCACCACCGCAGCCAGCACUCUGAAUCACGGGAGAAAUCAUCUGGUGGUGGAGGGAGAAGCAUGGAGCCUAGAUCCUCUUCUCGAAGAGCAAACAAUAGUGAGGAGCCCCUCAGUCCAACGAUACCCGACGGCUCGGUGUUCUACGACGACGACAACGUAUCCCCAGUCUCGCCUACAUUCCCUUCGUCAUCGUCACAGAAAUACACGAGGACAUUCUCACCGCCACGACACACACUCAGGGACUGGAAACGUACCGGGUCACGAGCUGAUGAUGACGACGACGACGUCUGCAUUGACAUCGAAACAAGUGACCUUGAGAGCGAUCCAACGGCAGGGAAACCCUACAUCAGUGAGAAAAGUCCGUUACGCUCCCCUCG